AUAACUCAUAAGAACAUAGCAGAAGCUGGACUAAGCCGGUGACAUCGCUUCGCUGGCCUGCUCUGCUCUGUUCCCCUUAACCCUUUCUCGUUGGCCGUAAGCUUUUGUUGGCCUGCCGCGACUCCAUUAUUCGUUAGCCUAAAUUCCUAAUCCCAAUCCAAUCAAAGAAAACUAACAACUCCAGUUCACCAAUUCAACGCGCAGAAGCACGAAGGAAAGAGUAAUUUGUUUCUACAGAGGAUAGGGCGGGUUGAGAGUUGGAUGGCGAUUCUCUACGCGGUGGUUGCUCGAGGGACGGUGGUGCUGGCGGAGUUCAGCGCCGUCACGGGGAACACGGGCGCGGUGGCGCGGCGAAUCCUGGAGAAGCUGCCAGCCGACGGCGACACCAGGAUGUGCUUCUCGCAGGACCGUUUCAUAUUCCACAUACUCAGAUCCGACGGCCUCAGCUUCCUCUGUAUGGCCAACGACGCCUUUGGCAGGAGGAUCCCAUUUUCAUACUUGGAAGACAUUCACAUGAGGUUCAUGAAGAACUACGGCAGAGUAUCCCCGUACGCACCUGCCUAUGCAAUGAAUGAUGAGUUCUCAAGGGUGUUGCAUCAGCAAAUGGAAUUUUUCUCUAGUAAUCCAAGUGCUGAUACUCUGAGUCGUGUCAGAGGUGAAGUGAGUGAGCUCCGAACAGUUAUGGUCGAUAACAUUGAGAAAAUACUGGAGAGAGGUGACCGGAUCGAGCUUCUUGUCGAUAAAACCGCAACCAUGCAAGAUGGAUCGUUCCACUUCAGGAAACAGUCUAAACGCCUUCGCAGAGCUCUUUGGAUGAAGAAUGCCAAACUUUUGGCGCUGUUGACGGUCUUGAUAGUCGUGUUACUGUACUUCCUAAUUGCUGCUUUUUGUGGAGGCAUCACUUUACCAUCGUGCAGAUCUUGAGCAGAGGUAUGCCGUGUCCUUAGAUUUCUUGCCAUGAUCAUCUUCAGGGCUCUCUUUUCUUUUAAUCUCAAACGAAAAGCGAUCUCGUGAAAACGAAUGGACAAUAAACACGAAGACUUUGAAGUCGGAACAAUGCAGGCUUCUUCGGUUGUGAUAGGCCGUAUAUGAUUGAGUUCACACCAUUUUACUCCCUUUCUUGUAAAUUCCUGGUCUCCUGGAGUCCUGGUGUUGUAGUAGCUGCUGAAUGAUUCUGGUUUGGGGUUUGCGUCAUUUCAUACAUGGGUGUUUCCUGCUAUCUUUGUAAAUCUAACCACAUCUAUAUAGAGGUUCU